AUGGCAUCCCCAUUAACAAUAGUCGUCACCGGCUCAAACCGCGGAAUUGGCCAUGGCAUCAUCAACCUCCUCGCCAACACCCAACACCCACAACCCCUCCACAUCUACGCCACAUCCCGCGGCGGCGUAGACCUCAAAAUCCAAGCCAAACCUCCUAACGAGAUCCGCUACGCCAAACUCGACGUCUCAGACAAAUCAUCCAUAACAUCCUUCCUCAAAACCGCGCUCAACGACAGCGGCAAAAUAGACGUCUUGAUCAACAACGCCGGCAUAAACAGCAACAACAACGAGACUCCCGAUGCCGCCGAACAAGUCAUCAACGUGAACUACCACGGCACAAAACAAAUGUGUCAACUCUUCCUCUCGGAAGGAAAAAUGUCGUCCACACCAAACGCCCGCAUAGUAAACGUAUCCAGCACCGCUUCCUCCUUGUCAAACUACCCCAGUACAACUGCAUCCCAUUUCCGCUCCGCGACUUCCAUCUCCGACGUCGACACCCUCGCGCAAGAAUACAUCAACGCCGUGAAAUCCUCAUCCCAAGAAGCCGCCGGGUUCGGCGCGCCGCCGAAAUCGUAUCAGGUCAGCAAAGCGCUGAUGAAUGCUUUGACAGUGGUCCUGGCACAUUGGGAGGCCGCCGAAGACGUUGGAGGAGGGGGCGAGGAUACCGGUGAGGUUGGGGGUUGGGCAGCUUGGUAA